AUGGGCGAUAUCUUUAAACUUGUAAUCGAAGCUCUUUCAGGUUCCCCAGAUCAGCCAGACACACUCAAUCAGCAACUAUAUGAACUAGACCAAUUUCUUAAGGGGUCUGAUGAAUUUACAAUAAAUGCAGUCCGAGAAUUAUCUGGAACAUUAGUCCUUCAAGGAGUCAUUCCUCAAGAUGAUUCUGAAAAGCUAUUUCAUUAUUUAGACUCAAUUAAAGCCAGAGAAAACCCUCCAAUCCCUAACUUCCCCUGUUCAUAUAGGUAAAUUAAUUAGAAAAGUCUUACUUUAUGAGAAAUUUAUCAUUUUUAUUUAUAUGGCCAACAAUUAUUUAUAAUAAAUUUUAGUAAUUCUAUUAAUUUUUUUAUUCGAAAAUAUAAAAUUUUAUAGAAUUCCUAUGAAUUUUUGAUUUUUUUGGGAAAAUUAAUUGACACCCUAUAGGGUUAAGCUCCAAUAUCUCCAAGGUCCAGUUUCCCACUACAAAGCAAAAAACGCGGCUAAGCUGCUAUCUUCUUUGCAAAAAUUGCAGAUUAUAAGGCUUAGCAACAUCUGUUUUGCGUUUCAUCAGCUUUUCACUUAUAGUAAUAAAUUAAAGGUAAACGAAAUCGAAAGAAAUCAUAAAACAGCUUGCAGAUUUCUAGCUCUCGGCAAAUUGAUCAAAAAUAAGAAAAAUCUCAUUUAUAAAGCUUUUGAUAUAUGGAGACGUGCAUGCAUUGCCAAAAGAAAGGAGGAAUCAGAUAAAAUUCUAAAUUCGGUCUUUGGUAAGCAGGCCACAAUAUUUAAAUCAUAUUUCAGUCACUGGGCAAGAAAAUCAGCAAGAUUAUCUUAUACUCCAAACCCAGAUUUAAUUAUGUAUAAACUCAAAUCACGACCUAUAAGAGCAACUGAUAUCCCAGUAAAGAAAAAAUGCUGCCUAUGCUGUUGCUGCUAAGGAUUUUUUUAAAAAUUUAGAAAUAAAAAACAAAUUCCAUCCUGUAAAAUAUUUUGCUUGCCCAGGCGUAA